UGAUGACGUCAUCAGUUAAGACAAAACGUUUCUGACGAACGCAAGUAAACAAAGGUUGCAGCUUUACGGACUUUACUCUGUGCUAAAAAUCUUACUGGGUUACACUGUUUUAACAGAUAUAGACGUGAACAGUUUAGUACUUUGUGUUCAUAAGAUAACUUGUAUCUGUCGCAAACCUGGGCAUGGAAGGUGAUAUUUUAACUACACUGAAGAUUUUAAUCAUUGGAGAUUCUGGUGUUGGAAAAUCCAGCUUGCUGUUGCGGUUUACUGACGACCGGUUUGAUCCAGAUCAAUCUGCCACCAUUGGUGUUGAUUUCAAAGUCAAAUCUUUAACUGUAGAAGGGAAUACAGUAAAACUUGCGAUAUGGGACACCGCUGGUCAGGAAAGGUUCAGAACUCUAACUCCUAGUUAUUACAGGGGGGCACAAGGAGUCAUAUUUGUAUAUGAUUGCACAAGAAAAGAUUCAUUUUCGCACCUAUCCACGUGGCUUACUGAAGUUGAAACGUAUUCUACAAAACCAAACAUUGUGAAAAUGUUGGUAGGAAACAAAAUAGACAAGGAAAAUCGUGUUGUUACCAGAGAGGAAGGUUUGAAAUUUGCCCGUAAGCAUAGCAUGUUGUUUAUUGAAGCAAGCGCUAAAACCAGGGAUGGUGUUGAAUGUGCCUUUGAAGAACUUGUCGAAAAAAUUAUCCAAACUCCUGGUCUGUGGGAAAAUGAUGGCACAUCAAAUCGUGGAACCAAAUUAUCUAUGGAUACCUCGCAAGGGGGCGGCUGUGGGUGUUAGAGAUCAUAUUUUAUUUAUUAAUUGCCAUGAUGGAUGCGGAAGAUGCACUUCCGAGCUUGUUUUUACCAGAUAUCAGACAGGAGUGUUUCUUAUGUAAAAUCCUUGCACGAUCAAACAUCUACAACCACAUGUGUAUUGACCAUAUUCAUAGGCACCAAACCUGGGGUGGCAGGGUACGCAGGUCUUUCCUGAAAUUUUAUGCACUGCAAUAAUCAGUAAACUUAAAAUCAAUAAGUUAGAUUUGUUUUAUACACAAUGUGCAUGUAAUAAAUACCAACUACCCGCCCAAACCCCCCCUUGUAUUUUAAAAUUUUUGGAUGCAUUUGUUUAUAUCUAUAUUACAUUUGCCUUAUCACUGCUUUGCCCUGUAAGUCAUUUGAAGCUGUUUAAAACAUUUGGUUGUGGUGCUAGUAGUUUUACAACACAGCCUAAGGUUAAUUUAAAGGUACUUUUACUAAUGUACAUUACAUAAUACAUACCAUGCCGGAUAAAUGUUUUUUGGCAUGUGCUAAUUUUGCUUAUAUUGUUUUUGUUGGAUUUUUGGUUCUGUGUUUGGUAGAAAUGUGUAAAUAGUGCUGUACAGAAAUAGUUUGUUGAAUAACUGAUUUCAAAUUCUGACUUCCUGCAAUUUGAGCGUUGUGCAAUAUGACUGAUAGUAAUUAAGUAUUGAAAUGUAUUAUCACUAUCAGUGAUGUAUUAUCACUAUCAGUGACAUUUUUAUCUUUCUGGAAAAAAUCUAAAUAUUAUUGUAA